AGAAGAACAAUGAGAGGACGGAUCGUUAGAUCGUACACUAGGUCAAAAGUGCCGCAUUGGCGUUGGACAGAUGAUCUUAAUCUCCUUUUUAUUCAAGUUGUUGAAUUACUUGGUGGCGAAAGAAGGGCAACUCCUAAGGUUAUUUUGGAUUUUAUGGAUGUGAAAAACCUCCCAAUUUCACAUGUGAAAAGCCAUCUUCAGAUGUAUAGGAACAAGAAGAAAGAAGAAUCUAGAAAAGAAAGGAGAAUGAUGCGAGAAAUGAGCAGGAGGCAAUCUCAACAAUACAUUCAAAUCUACGAAAGGUACAAUUGGAUAUUAGUGAGAAGAUAACUCCAGUUUUGGGAUCAAGUGAGACUUAAUAAAAACAGAGA